GAUUGGAGCGAUUGGUGUCAUGUGACCAGCAGCACCAGAAGCAGGAAGUACAGGUAUACAAGGAGACGGAGGAGUGAGUCUGUCAGGAACUGUGGAGUACAUAAGAAGGACGGUUAUAGAGAAGGCCAGGGUGAUACUUUAACUAUAUAUUGCCACAGAUGAAGAGACAUCUAUGAUGACAAAGCAGGACUGUUUUCUGUGUAUGAGAGCUGCUGAUCAUGUCUUAAGGCUGGAUUUGAGGAUGCUGUAGAAGUAUUGUCAACUGAAAAUAAAAUGGAGAUAACAGCCAUUCCCGCUGUUCAGAUGGAGAAAUUUAUAGCCACCACUCCCCUAUCGCCUGCAGACAGUUAUUUUUCCUACAAGGACAACCUGAUUGGAUCUCUGCUGGCCAUAUUUGGACAUCUUGUUAUCAGUAUUGCACUUAAUCUACAGAAAUACAGCCAUAUACGUUUGGCUAGUUCCAAAGACCCUCGUACCUACUUCAAGACAAAGACAUGGUGGCUCGGUCUCUUUUUGGCAAUACUGGGAGAAACAGGGGUGUUUUCUUCCUAUGCUUUUGCUCCGCUGUCUCUAAUUGUGCCUCUUAGUGCUGUUUCUCUCAUAGCCAGCUCAAUCAUAGGCAUUAUAUUUAUUAAGGAAAAAUGGAAAGCAAAGGAAUUCUUAAGGCGUUAUAUCUUGUCCUUUAUAGGCUGUGGGCUUGCAAUCAUUGGCACAUACUUGCUAAUAACCUUUGGACCCAAUAGCCAUGAGAAAAUGACUGGAGAGAAUAUUGUCAAACAUUUAGUGAGCUGGCCAUUCCUGUUGUACAUGCUGGUGGAAAUCCUUGCCUUUUGUUCCCUGCUGUAUUACUACAAACAGAAAAAUGCCAAUUACAUGCUCAUCAUACUGUUGCUGGUUGCAUUAUUAGGCUCUACCACAGUGGUCACAGUGAAAGCACUAGCUGGCAUGAUCAUGGUCUCCAUUCAAGGUAGCAUGCAGCUGGGGUACCCCAUCUUCUACAUCAUGUUUGUGUGCAUGGUGGCUACAGCCAUUGCUCAAGCAUCGUUUUUGGCACAAGCAUCCCAGCUUUAUGACUCUGCCUUAAUUGCAAGCGUUAAUUAUAUUAUGUCUACAAGUCUAGCUAUUUCUGCAGGAGCAGUAUUUUACAUUGACUUUCGGAAUGAAGAUGCUCUACAUCUUUGUAUGUUUGCUUUAGGGUGCCUUAUUGCCUUUUUGGGUGUGUUCCUCAUAACAAGGAGCAGAAAAAAGACCAAAGCUUUUGAACCCUAUGUUGCCCUUAACUCCAUGCCAGGUGUGAUCAACAUGCAUGAUAAUGGCACUAAUAUUCAGCCUGAUUUUGGGAAUUCCUUCUCUUAUGGAGCGCUACAAAGUAAUGAUAGUUUAUCAGAAAUUUACACGCCAGCAACACUUCCUGUUGUAACAGAAGAAGCAUCAUCAUCAUCAUCGUCUCCACCGUAUAAGAUUUUGGAACACAAUAAGAAUGAAUAGGCGUGCUAACAACUAAUGUGUGGACUGGGAAACCUAUGCUUCUUUUUUUUUUUUUUUUUUUUUUCUUGUACAGUUCAAACCAUGGUUUAAAAUGUGUAUUUUUUAAGUCCGAAGUUAAAUGUAUGUCUUAGGUCCAGUUUACUCUGCUUUGUUGGUUCACUUCUAAAGGGGACUGUUUUUACCUGCCCUGUUGACAUCUAUUGUUGUAAGUGUAAUUCUGGGCGAAACAGAAAAUGCAAAAACAUUAACUUAUAUUCCA